AUGAGGGAUGCUAUUGACCCCAUAACCUUGAAGGACAUAGAUGAUUGUAGUGAGUGGUUCAUUGGUGAAGAAUGCUCCGAGGAGACAAUUCAUGAUCUCACAGUGGGUGAUAUUUCUAGAGCAUCAGGAGCAGAAGAGCCUAUCUACUAUACUCGUAGGGUAGCACCUAGUGGCACCACCGGCACGAGUAGCUCAACACCACAACCACAACCACAACCAAGAAGAGCUACUAACAUUCGAGAAGUUAUUCAUGAGGAGUUUGAAGAAGUUGAGGAAGAUGAUUAUGGAGAAGAGACUGAAUUUGUUGGUGCUAGCAAUGAGUUGGAUCACUUGGAUGAUGGUGGCUUGGAUUUGACGGAUGAGGAUUAUGAUUAAAUAUCUUGCUUUCUUUUUAAGAACUAAAUUUUGAUUUUUGUUUUAACUUUUACCAAUAACUCAUGCUUUACUUU